UUCAAGAGACAGAGAGCUGGCAGAGACCUGAUAUUUGUCUCUGUACACUUUGUCAUCUCAACCCAGCUCCUGACCUGCAAUAACUAACCAUGGAUGAUAUUUACAAAGCAGCAGUUGAGCAGUUGACAGAAGAACAGAAAAAUGAAUUCAAGGCUGCUUUUGAUAUCUUUGUCCUGGGCGCAGAGGAUGGAUGUAUCAGCACAAAGGAGCUGGGAAAGGUGAUGAGAAUGCUGGGGCAGAAUCCAACCCCUGAGGAGCUACAGGAGAUGAUUGAUGAAGUAGAUGAAGAUGGCAGUGGCACUGUAGAUUUUGAUGAGUUCUUGGUUAUGAUGGUCAGGUGUAUGAAAGAUGACAGCAAAGGAAAAUCAGAAGAGGAACUUUCAGAUCUCUUCAGGAUGUUCGAUAAAAAUACAGAUGGCUACAUAGAUCUGGAUGAAUUAAAGCUCAUGUUGCAGGCUACAGGAGAAACCAUCACGGAGGAUGACAUUGAGGAACUGAUGAAGGAUGGAGACAAAAAUAAUGAUGGCAAGAUUGACUAUGAUGAAUUCCUGGAGUUUAUGAAAGGUGUUGAAUAAACCUGAGAUUUCUGGAAGAGCAGCCUCAUCUUUUGAACACCUUCAAUUUUAUCUUGUGUCAUUUCAUCAGUUCUAUUUCUUUUAGUGCUUGCAUGAAGUCAUGCACUGAACAUGGUGAACAUCAGGAAAACACGAGCCAUCUCUUAAGUGCCCCAACUGGAUACCUUGUGGAUAUUUCUUGAGUCAGGUUAUUGUAAUCCUUUCAUUGCUAUUGGCUUCAGUGAUCAUAAUAUGUUCCUUAAUGUUUGAAUGGGUUGUGCAGGUUACAAUGAAAGAUUAGGUUUGAAUAACUAUUGAGACACUUAAGAAUUCAUCAAAAAUUCUGAUUUAACAGUGGAUUAUGCCAUCUCUUCCUUCCUGUACCUUAUCCCCAGCCAAUGUUUAACAAUGUGUAAAAAUACAGAGUGUACAAAAAUAAGAUUUCUUUUUGAAAUGCUAAUAAAAUUAUUUGAAAAUUA